AUGUCAAACGCUGUAUUAUUGUGUGUUGCAGCUAAAUAUCCAGAGGUUAAAAAACUAAUGGGUCAUGAUUGGCGUGUGGCCGCUCAAGUUGUUAUAACAGUAUGCAUACAAAUUAUUAUAGCUAUUCUUAUUCAAGAUGUAUCAUGGAAAUUCCUGUGGCUUGCUACAUAUGUCAUUAGUGGAACAUUAAAUCAUUCUUUAUCAAUUAGUUUUCAUGAAAUCGGUCAUAAUUUAGCUUUUGGUAAUCAUCAACCGAUGGCUAAUCGAGUGUUAGGUUAUAUAGCAAAUUUACCGUUAAUGAUUCCAUCAUCUGUCACAUUCAAAAAAUACCAUAUUGAUCAUCACAAAUUUCAAGGUGAUGAUAACCUUGAUCCUGAUUUGCCCACUUAUUUUGAGGCAUGGCUAUUUCAAAGUCGAAUUGGAAAAAUUUUUUAUAUCCUGUUACAACCAGUCUUGUAUAGUGUCCGUCCAUUGUGUCGUGUGCCAAAACCAGUGAAUUUAUUAGAAUUCAUAAACUUGUUAAUACAAAUUGUAUUUGAUUUAUUAAUAUUUUAUUUUCUUGGUAUAAAAUCAGUUGUUUAUCUAUUAUUUGGUACAGUUCUUGGAUUAGGUUUACAUCCGAUUAGUGGUCAUUUUAUCUCUGAACAUUAUAUAUUUGUCGAAGGUUAUGAAACAUAUUCUUAUUAUGGACCAUUGAAUUGGUUAACAUUUAAUGUUGGAUAUCACAAUGAACAUCAUGAUUUUCCUAAUAUACCCGGUUAUAGAUUACCCAAGUUGAAAGAAAUGGCACCAGAUUACUAUGAUAAUCGUCCUUGUCAUUAUUCAUGGGUAAAAGUUCUUAUUGAUUUUGUACUUGAUUCAAAAAUGGGUCCAAAAGCGAGAAUUCGUCGAACACUAAAAUCAGAUGCAUUAAAUAGUGCAGAUAGAACGACAAAUUCAACCAAAUCCAAAUUGAAUAAAAUAUUACAUGAAGCAGAUAACAACAAUAAUAAUACUUUUACUUCUAUUGCUCAACAUACAACAACAUCUCUUACGAAAAAUCAUAAAUUACCACAUAAAAAGAAAAACGACUAUCAACAGAAAAUGAUAUCAUCGACAGUUGAUGUUGAUCAUUCAAAAACUCACUAA